AUGUCAGCUUUUGAUAGAACAUUUGUUCACUUUGUUCGGGGGCUGUUAGACCUAGACUUGACCAAGGAUUUCAGCUAUAAGAUCCUUGUGGAGAGAGUGGGCUUUACUUUCUUUGUGGAUAUAGAAUAUGAAAAAGUUCUAGAAUACUGCAUUUUUUGUUCUUGUAUAGGACAUGGCAUCCAAAACUGUAAAAGAAAAGAACAUGUUGUAAAAGGAAAAGAUACAGAUGGGAAAAAGUUGAAGGAAGGCAAGGUUAAUCCUCCAAAUUGGGCAACUACGGCUCCUCCUUUGGAAGUUCCAAAUGAAGAAAUUGUAGGCAACAACUCAGGCUCUCAAAAUGACAAGGAUCACAACAACACUUUGAUGGGUGAAACUUCUGAUCCUCUGCAGGUGCAAACAAACAAUAAUCAGGAUACCUCUAGAGAGGAUGGAAACUCUGAAAGUGAAUACGUUGAUGCUACACAAUUGGUUGAAUUUGUGCUAGAAACUCAGCUGGAUGAAGCUCAACAACAGAAGGUUAAAGACUUCCUUCUUUACUCAUGGGACAACAUGGCAGCUGCAGAUAAGGCAGAUGAUUAUGGAGUGGACCUAAUUCAAGAGAAAAUUUUCAACUGGUAA